AGUAUGUAACUAGCACGCGGCAAGGGAAGAACUCGAGAGCCCAACCAACGUCCGAUAGGGGAGGUAGCACACUGGCGGCGAAGCGGUGGGAGAACUCUGGUGGCAGAUCGCGCAGUUAGUUCGUGGCAGGAGGGCGACUUCUGGCGGCGGCUCGCUGGCAGACAGGCGCGCCAGUCGAGAUGUACAAGUCGACCAGCAUCACCCCGAGCAGCAGCAACGAGAGUGUUGCAGAUCCCUCCUGCAGGUUUAGGAUCGAGAGGCCGAUAUACGAACAGGAAGAGCUGAACAAAGUUUAUGACUACAACCAGACUGGCAGGAGGUUCUUGUCGAGGGCCUGCAGUCUCUGCCCGGCGUGGGCACCUCGCGAGGCCGUGCUGCAGAGGGUGCCCGUGCUCACGUGGCUGAGGCACUACCGCUGGAGGGAGGACGCCGUCGGCGACCUGGUGUCCGGCUUCACUGUGGCCGUCAUGAACAUCCCCCAAGGAAUGGCGUAUGCUCUGCUAGGUAACGUUCCUCCAAUAGUGGGACUUUACAUGGCUUUCUUCCCAGUUUUGGUGUACUUUGUUUUCGGGACUUCCAGGCACAUUUCCAUGGGCUCGUUCGCGGUGGUGUGCAUGCUGGCCGGCAAGACGGUGGCGACUCUCUCCCUGGACGAGGAGGCCCCGCCCGCCUCCAGCGGCGCCAACCACACGUCUGCCUCCGCCGCGGGGGCGGGGCACAGCCCGGUGCAGGUGGCGGCCGCCGUGGCCUUCAUGGUCGGCCUGCUGCAGCUCCUGAUGCACAUCUUCAGGCUCGGCGUGGUGUGCACGCUGCUGUCAGAGACUCUGGUGAACGCCUUCACCAGCGGCGCAGCCGUGCACGUGCUCACGUCCCAGGUGAAGGACCUGCUGGGACUCAGCGUCUCCCGUCACCGCGGGCCCUUCAGGAUCAUCACGACGUACAUAGAAAUAUUUAGAAAAAUUCCAUUGGCAAAUGUCGCUACUGUAGUUUUCUCUACAAUUGCCAUAUCAACACUUGUGUUUAACAACGAACUCCUUAAGCCUGUGGUCAGCAAGGUAUCCAGAGUACCUGUGCCUAUAGAGUUAAUAGUUGUUGUAACUGGAACUUUGGUGUCUUCUUACACGAACAUUACGCAUGAGUAUGGAAUCGUCUUAGUGGGCAACAUUCCGACAGGCCUGCCGGCGCCCAGCCUGCCGCCCUUCUCCCUGCUGGCAGAUGUGGCCCUGGACAGCCUCACCAUCACCAUGGUCUCCUACACCAUCACCAUGUCCAUGGCGCUGAUAUUCGCGCAGAAGCUCGGCUACGAGGUCGAGUCCAACCAGGAGCUGCUGGCUCUGGGCGCGGGUAACGUGGUGGGCUCCUUCUUCUCGUGCUUGCCCUUCUGCGCAUCGCUGUCGCGCAGCCUGGUGCAGCAGACUGUGGGCGGCAGGACGCAGCUGGCGAGCGUCGUGUCCUGCGGCAUCCUGCUGCUCGUCAUGCUGUGGAUCGGCCCCUUCUUCGAGCCGCUGCCCAGGUGCGUGCUGGCUAGUUUGAUUGUGGUGGCACUGAAGGGGAUGCUCCUGCAAGUGGGCAAGGUGCCAGAGUUCUGCCGGCUCUCCGUGCUGGACGGCAUCGUGUGGCUCGUGACCUUCUUCACGGUCGUGCUCGUCGACAUCGACUUCGGCCUGCUGGCGGGCGUCGUCAUCUCGCUGGUGUCCAUCUUCAUCCAGGGCAUGAAGCCGUACACCUGCCUGCUGGGCGUGAUCCCCGACACCGACCUCUACCUCGACAUGAACAAGUACAAGCGCACCCAGGAGGUGCCCGGCAUCAAGAUAUUCCACUACUGCGGCGGCCUCAACUUCGCCACGCGGACCCACUUCAGGAAGGAGCUGAUCAGGCUGGUGGGCGUGAACCCCCAGGCCGAGCUGCAGCUCCUGGAGAAGCGAGCUAGGAGGAGGGGGAUGUCACCCAAGGAUGGAAUUGAGAAUGUCAGCUUUGUAGAAGAGGAUCUCGCUCGUCUAAACAACUUAGGAGGAGAAGAAAGGGUACAGUUAAAAUCCCUUUUACUGGAUUUCUCAGCGCUGAGCUAUAUAGAUCCAUCAGGAGUCAAUACUGUUAAAAUCCUGGAAGAGGAAUUCCAGAAGCUCGGCAUUCCUGUCUAUCUCGCUGGAAGCUCAUGUCCGGUGUACGAGAACCUGAAGAAGUGUGGGCUUCUCGGCGAAGAGAACUGCGAAGAGAGAACUUCCAUGAAGAUUUUCCCUACAGUCCAUGACGCCGUCAUGUACAUCCAGAUGAAUGAAAACCACCAGAACUUCAACACUCGAACGUGACAUGCUUUUCACUUGCUUCUCGACAGGAGCGGACAACCUUUUUCCGAGUCUUUGGACAGACCCUCGCGGGGGAACCAUGCCAAGUGGAUGGCAAUUGCGUUCGUGGGAGGCCCUGGAAUGUUUGGAUAGGAGUAAGUGAAGAAAUAUAUUUCAGUUUUAACGUAUCCACGAGCGUGAAUUGCCCUAUUAUAACAUCAGAAAAUAUUCUUUCCAAGUAAUUUCAAUUUCAUCUCUAAUCAAAGAGAUCCAGUAAGUGAACAAGUAGAAAAAAAAUGUAACAUUUUCCUCCUUUAGUAAAGACGUAGAUAAAAAUGGACCUUUGAAAAGUUUGAACCAUGUACGUUUUAAAUUAAUAUUUAUUUAAUUGCUAAUCCUGGAGAAAAAUUUAAUACUUCAUGGGAAUAUUUUUUUUUGUUCUUUAAACAUUUGUGAAUUAUGUAAAUAAUGAAUGUAUGACCCCUUGUAUCAAAAUGUUAUGGAUGAAAAGUUUUUUGCUCAGCUACUGUCAUAAUAUUUAUGCAGUUGUAAUACGUUUGAAUAAAUGAACACAACCAUA